CUGGGUGCGGGUUGGCCAGGUGUGUCUAAGAGGGCCCCACAGAUGUGAGCCACUUGGGACGUUGCAAUCUGGCCAUCCCAGGGCCACGUGGCUUGGGCAUUGUAUCCGGCUCCAUGUGUGUCCCGGGCCCUACGGGGUCAUCAGAGCUGGCGCAGGGCUGGAGCCCUCAUGUGGGCUGGGACCUGGCCGUUGAGCUCUCCUCAGGGCCCUGUCGGCAACCAAGCUCCUGGCCUGCCUAUUUGCACUUCGAAGUCUUCGCCUUGGAAGACCUCACAGGUCCCCAAAGUCUUGCCUACUCCCCUGAAUGGGGAGCUGCACUUCUUAAUUCUGGGUGGGCCCCUGCUCGGGAGCUGUGGCAGUGGGUGUUGUAAUCUUGGGGUGCAGCUGUCCUACCUCCAGCCUGCACUGACCACAACCCCAGGUGGCAGACUGAUCUGGCAGGGUACUGUGUCUAUGUUCACUCCUGUCCCGUGGGUUCCUGCCCGUCGGCAGUGUGGCCCCGCAUCCUGCACCACAGUGGGUUCCACACAGGCAACACAGGCAACUUAGUCCCUGCCCUCAGGGUGGCAGUGUGGCCAAAUGCACAGAUCUCCCCAGGCUCCGUGGCAGCCCCACACACUGCCUUGCCCUGCACUGGGACCAUGCUGGAGCACUGGACAGCAGGUGCUGGCUGCUCAUUCCAGCGGCCCUACACAUUUGAUGGGGCGACUUCAGCUCCCUAGAUCUGACUGCUCAGUGAUCCAGUUCCAAGGCCUCUGACAGGCCCUAUGAGUUUCCAAGACUCUCUCCCCCUUCCUGGUCCAAGCACAGACAGCCAGACACUGCCUGGGGCACCUGAGCACACCUGGCCUACUGUUUUUUCUAGAAAGCAGGGUCCCAGAGCCUCUGGUUUGAGUGGCUUUGCUGUUGCCCACACCCCUGUAGCAGAGGCGCCCUCCUCUGAGCCUCUGGAACUCUGCCGGGCAUGGUGGAAGCAUCUGGCCUCGCCCCCCAGGCAGCCUGGUGGAAUACAACACCGUGGGAGGAAGCAUUCCACCUGGGCCGCUGGGCGCAGAUGUGGUCCUGCUUUGUGACAUCCCCACGACUCCUCUUGGAAAGCCAUGAGCACGUUUCCUGCAGUUUCCACUGAUCUAGGCUUCAACAGCCCGGCCCCUGUCUGCCUGGAUGGCACUUCCCCACCAGCCUCCCAAGCAGGAAACCUGGAGGCCACUCCCAAUGGCCUGCUCCUUGCUGGCCGUGUCCUCUAGGGAGCCUGGGGUUCCCAGGCCAAGGGGCACUUGGGAUGUGGGUGGGCCAAGGGGAGCCACUGGUGCAGGGUUGGGGCCUGCCCACCAAGGCAGAGGGCUGACAGGUAAGGGUCUGGGCCCCCCAGGGAUGUAGGGAAAAGGGCAAUGGUGCUAGCCUGGUGAGCUGGGCCUGCAGCACCCUGCCACCCCCACCACACACACACAGCACACCCACCCACACAGUGCUGGGCCGCAACUUGGAGCUUCCUCCCACUGUGAGCUGUGCCAUCUGAGGCAAUCAUUGCCCCCUUCCAGUGGGACAACGCCCACCUUCUGGCCCCGCCCUCCAGGGCUCAACCAUGCCACCCCCGCCCCCCACCAUACUUUGCCACAUUCCUUGAGCUUCCCUGCAUUUGCCCAGGACGGUGUGUUUCCACUGCUGAACUCACCUGCCCACUGUGAUGGGCUUGGCUUGUAGGUAUCUGCUCUUGGCAGGCGCCAGAGGCUUCUUGUGGGCACACCUGCUUCCUACCCUGGGCCUGCCUGGCUGGGCCCCCAGCAUGCGGAGUAACUCCUACCGAGCAACAGUUCACAGGGCCCACAGCCGUAUGGCCACACGGGUGCCCUGGCUUCCCACUGAGGCUUCACCACCCUUCUUCCUGCAGGUGCUGCCGGAUGCCCAGCCCCUGGCCCUCUGCUUCCCCAUCCCUCAGAGACUGAGGCCAUGCAGCUGUGCCAAGGUGCCUCCAGCAUGGCGGCGGCUGAAGUACCCGGCUACCUGGUAUCUCCGCAGACGGAGAAGCACCGGCGCGCCCGCAACUGGACGGACGCCGAGAUGCGCGGCCUCAUGCUCGUCUGGGAGGAGUUCUUCGAGGAGCUGAAGCAGACCAAGCGCAACGCCAAGGUGUAUGAGAAGAUGGCCAGCAAGCUGCUGGAGAUGACGGGGGAGCGCCGGCUGGGCGAGGAGAUCAAGAUCAAAAUCACCAACAUGACCUUCCAGUACAGGAAAUUAAAAUGCAUGACAGAUAGCGAGUCCGUCCCGCCCGACUGGCCCUAUUACCUAGCCAUUGAUAGGAUUCUGGCCAAAGUCCCCGAGUCCUGUGAUGGCAAACUGCCGGAUGGCCAGCAGCCGGGGCCCUCCACGUCCCAGACCGAGGCGUCCCUGUCGCCGUCUGCUAAGUCCACCCCUCUGUACUUACCGUAUAACCAGUGCUCCUACGAAGGCCGCUUCCAAGACGAUCGCUCCGACAGCUCCUCCAGCUUACUGUCCCUUAAGUUCAGGUCGGAUGAGCGGCCCGUGAAGAAGCGCAAGGUGCAGAGCGGCCACUUGCAGAAGAAGAAGCUGCGGCUGCUGGAGGCCAUGCUGGAGGAGCAGCGGAGGCUGAGCCGCGCCGUGGAGGAGACGUGCCGCGAGGUGCGCCGCGUGCUGGACCAGCAGAACCUGCUGCAGGUGCAGAGCCUCCAGCUGCAGGAGCGCAUGAUGAGCCUGCUGGAGAAGAUGAUCGCUAAGUCCAGCGCAUAGGGCCGGUGACACCGUGUGGGCCAGCUGUGCCAGGCCGGGGCCCGGGGUCGGAACGGACGGCCUUCCGCCCGCCCUGGGCUGCUCUGGGGAAGGGAGGCCGCGGCUGCCAGUCUCACUCCAGCCGGGUACUUCAGAAGAACUCCUGGCCUCUGUCCUCCAACACCGUCACCAUCAGUGGUACUUGCAAUGGCUUUUGAUACUCGCUGUGUGAUUUCUUGUGACUCCCUGGAAGCAGAACUCACGUUCUCAGCUCACAGGUUGAUCAGUUCCAAACACGAACAUCAACAGGGACAGGCCGGUGACAGCUUCAGGCCUGGAGCAGAAACCCUCCCGUAGGGGAGACGGCGGUCUCGUCUGACCCUGGGCCGAAGCCCAGAGAGCCCGCCGCCCUCACCUCGGAGCACUGGGUCCUCCGAAGGCCUCCCCAUGAGGACACUAACAGAACAAGGCCGGGUGCCCAUGUUUCAGUUCUCUGGGCCCAGGGAGGUGGCACCAAUGAGACAGAGACCUGGCCUCAUGCACUCACCCUCUGGUUGGGGAGGCAGCUGAGCAAGGAGGGCAAAGUCAUGAUAGCAGGCUGUGGUCGGCGCCGCACGAGGAGGGAAGAGCAGGGACGAGAAGGGACAAGCUCACCUCCCCGCCUCUAUUCUGUCACCAGGAGGAAAACCUUUCCAGACUAUUUUCUGCUGGCUUCCUCCUAAGUCUUGUUGGCCACUGGGGCUUUGGUUUCCCAGCUGCCAGGGAUGCAGGGCUCCCCGCCUGGGACUGGCAUAUUGCUGCCCACACAGCAGGGUUCUGAGACGACCGGGCUGGUGACUUGGUUUGACUUACGAUCCAGGAAAGCGCCUUCCGGGUGAAGGCAGAUGUCCUGCCAGGAGUCCUUCCCAGCCAUCCUGGUGUGAUAGCAGCCAGCUCAUCUGAUGCUGCUGUGGUUGCCCAGGGGGUAUGAGGCCAGUCCCAGGCCUGGCUGCGGUGGGCAAGAGACUAGGCAGCCAUGGAGCCUAGAGGGGCCAGAUAACCCCCAGCUCGGCCACCUUGGGGACCCCCCUGGCACACACACCAGGGACUCCAGCCACACUGCUUUGGGACCAAAGGCAGUAGUGCAGUGAAGGUGUGACCAGUGGUUCUGCUGAAGUGUGAACUUGUCAAUUUCUGCCAAAAUAGCCAGUGUCCCACCAAGGCCAGUCUUGGCUAGCAGCGCAUCUGUGAACCUGUGCUGGGGAGGUAGGCACAGGACAAGCCUCAGCAACCGCUGCAACGGAGACCUCAGGGGCAUCGUGUGCUGCCGACACGAGCUGGGGGCUGGUUUCAGGCUGUGCCUGAGCAUCACCUAGGUGGCAACAGACUGCGGCUCUGCAUGACCGUCCUGGAGCUCCUGGGGCCGUGGCCGUGGCGCACCAGUGUUCCCAUAGCUGCGGAAGGCUGCGGGCGCACGUGUUAUGUAGCAUUUCUGCCUUUGUACUUAGGGGUCAUUUGCACUGUUUUAUUUUCCCAGCUGUCUCACUGAGCAUGGAGUCCAUGCUCACUCUCUCCAUGUCUCGCUGAAUUGGUGCUGCCACGUGCUCCAUUGGGCUGGAGCAGGGCAGGCGCAAUCUGGCGGAGGUCAGUAGUGCAACUGCCCACGUUUCUCCCUCCAUAAACUGUAUCUGUCGCGAGUCUCUGAUUUCUUCUGUAGUUACAGAAGGAUGUUGUGUGGGGGGGAUGUGGCCAUAUUGGUAAAUGCUAAGCUAUUUGAUAAGAUCCAGCAAGACCGUCUGUUAAUACCAAAAACUGAAAUCAGGAACCAGACGAACAUGCAUCCUUCACCUUUAUUAUUAUUUAACGUUGGCAUUUUUAGCUAAUGCAUUAAGACAAACAAAAAAAAGCGGGAUAAAAGAAAUGAAAAUUACCUUUAUUUUCAGAUGAUAUUUUUCUAUUCCCAGAAAGCAGAUACACAAGAGAUCAAGAGCUCUUUAAACCACCCUGAACAUGUGGAUUAUGAGAACGGAAUAUUCUGCUCAUAGUCAUGCUUGAGAACUGCAGGGAAUCUAUGAACAGGUUUAACCAGAACGGUCCAGGAUCGACACAAAGGAAACUGUGGUUUUACCAUAAAAUCUAAAACAAUUCCUGAGCGUGUGUGGAAACCACAUACCCCUAAAUGCUCCCAAGUAGUGUCAUCAUUUUAUUAAUGUAAUUCCAACAAUAUUCUCAGUAACAUUGUGGGGUUUUGUUUUAAAAUGGAAGAAAGCUUUUUGUUUUGUUUUUUAAAGUGGGCCCCACACUCAGGGCAGA